AGGGAGAUUUCGAGAAAAGCAUCCUCCUGUGUGUCCAGUAACGGUUUCCUCUUCUCUCCAUCUUCCUCCCCGGGGGCGGAAUUCCAGGCUCUGCCAGGGUUUUUUGGGGGAAUACGUUUGGUGAAAGGACGAGAGCGUAGUGGAGCAAGCGGGACUCAAAGGGGGACCCUGGCUCCUGUAGAGAUGGCUGACGUGGUGCAGCCUGAUACCAACAGCCUGCAGAUACCGAGUGAAAACGCAUCAACCCCGUCUUCGCCUGCAACGGCUAGAAAUGACUGCAGCAUCACCCCUCUCACGCCCUCACCCUCGCCGAGGUCAGAGGUCAGACCCAGGAUGGCCUGUCCGUUUUCAGUGGUGGUGGCGAUAGACUUUGGGACGACAUCCAGUGGCUACGCAUUCAGCUUCACCCAGGACUCAGAAGCCAUACACAUGAUGAAGCGCUGGGAAGGUGGAGACCCCGGAGUGGCCAACCAGAAGAGCCCGACGUGUCUGCUGCUGACUCCUGAUUUGCGGUUCCACAGUUUUGGAUUUGCAGCGCGAGACUUCUACCACGACUUGGACCCGGAGGAGGCGCGGCACUGGCUUUACUUUGAUAAAUUCAAAAUGAAGAUCCACAGCACAAGUGACCUCACCAUGGAGACGGAGCUGGAGGCGGUCAAUGGUCGCAGGGUCCAGGCCAUCGAGGUGUUUGCUCACGCCCUUCGCUUCUUCAGGGAACAUGCUUUGAAGGAGGUGAAAGACCAGUCCUCAUCAGUGCUGGAGGGCGAGGAGAUCAGAUGGGUUAUAACCGUCCCUGCUGUGUGGAGACAACCUGCCAAGCAAUUCAUGAGAGAAGCUGCAUACCUGGCCGGUCUGGUGUCCCCCGACUGUCCCGAGCAGCUCCUCAUCGCCCUCGAACCCGAGGCCGCGUCCAUUUAUUGCCGGAAGCUCCGCCUCCACCAGGUGAUUGACCUGAGCUUGCAGCCAAUCACGAACGGCCUGGACGUCGACGGGACCCGGCCCUUCGAUUCGAGCUUCAGGCAAGCGAGGGAGCAGCUGAGGCGAUCCAGACACAGCAGGACCUUCCUGGUGGAGAGUGGGACUGGAGAGCUGUGGUCCGAGCUGCAGACCGGUGACAAGUAUGUAGUUGCAGACUGCGGAGGAGGAACAGUCGACCUGACCGUGCAUCAGAUCGAGCAGCCACAGGGAACUCUCAAAGAGCUCUACAAGGCUUCAGGCGGCCCGUACGGCGCCGUCGGCGUGGACCUGGCCUUCGAAGCCAUGCUGUGCCAGAUCUUCGGCGAGGACUUCAUCCAGAGCUUCAAGGCCAAGCGGCCGGCGGCCUGGGUGGACCUCACCAUCGCGUUCGAGGCGAGGAAGCGGACGGCGUCGCCGGGCAGAGCCAACGCCCUCAACAUCUCCCUGCCCUUCUCCUUCAUCGACUACUACAAGAGGCACCGAGGGCAGAGCGUGGAGGCCGCCCUGAGGAGGAGCAAUAUGAACAUAGUGAAGUGGUCGUCCCAGGGGAUGCUGCGGCUCACGCAGGAAGCCAUGAACGAGCUCUUCCAGCCGACCAUCAUCAAUAUCGUCAAACACAUCGAGGAGCUGAUGGUGAAGCCCGAGGUGCACGGCGUGCGUUUCCUCUUCCUGGUCGGCGGGUUUGCGGAGUCGCCCAUGCUGCAGAAGGCGGUCCAGAGGGCGCUGGGGAGGACGUGCCGCAUCAUCAUCCCCCACGACGUGGGCCUGACCAUACUGAAGGGGGCCGUGCUGUUCGGGCUGGAUCCCACCGUGGUCAGAGUCCGCCGCUGCCCCUUGACCUACGGCGUCGGCGUCCUGAACCGGUUCGUGGAGGGGCGCCACCCGCGGGACAAGCUCCUCAUCAAAGACGGCCGCGAGUGGUGCACCGACAUCCUGGACCGCUUCGUCUCCGUCGACCAGUCGGUGGCGCUGGGCGAGGUCGUGAGGCGGAGCUACACGCCCGCCCGCGUGGGCCAGAGGAAGAUCAUCAUCAACAUCUACUGCAGCGCGACGGACGACGUCACGUACAUCUCCGACCCCGGCGUCAGGAAGUGCGGGACGAUAACUUUGGACCUACCUGAACCGAUGCCGCCGUUGCCGCCGCCGCCGCCGCCGGGCGCCGUGGGAGGAGCAGGAGGAGGAGCGGGAGGAGGAGCAGGAGGCCCAGAGAGGAGAGAGAUCAGAGCGACCAUGCAGUUCGGAGACACCGAGAUCAAAGUGACGGCCGUUGACGUCAUGUCUAGCCGCUCCGUCCGGGCCUCCAUAGACUUCCUGUCUAACUGAGGCGGAGCAGGAAGUGGAAACUCCCAGGACUGAUGGUCAUCCGAGGAAAAAAAAAAAAAAACGCGGUACUUUGGGAGAGGGCGACAUGUUCUUUUGGGAGGAGCACUGCAUUCUUAAGAGAAACUCAAAUCCAGUUCAGCUGAUUCACAAAAAUCCACAAGAGCAACGUAAAAAAAAAAUAACAAUAAAAUAUAGAGAAAGAAAAUAAAUGCUUCCUGCAUCUCCUCAGCUGAACCAAAGAAGAAAUGAAUUUGUCAUGAAAACAGACUGAAAUUGAAACAACACAAACCUCCCGUCAAGUUGAAGGAGAGACUCAACACAUGCUACUACCUACACUGACUCUAAAUAUAAAAACCAUCGCCUCAUAUUAUUAAGCAAAGUUCAUUUAAACCGAUGCUACAGCCUGGACUGGACUGCAGCCCCCGUUUCUGUUACAUGAGUGCGCCGCCUGGUGGUGAAAAGACUGCAAACGCAUUUCAAUGCAUCUCUUCCAAAACUCACGUUUCAGCGUUUUGUUUGAUUUUGUUCGACACCUUUAGGUUGUUGUUAUUUCCGUUAGUCUGAAUAAGGACGAGAGAUUUAACUGUGUAACGGUUAUUACUAUGUGUUUUUCUUUUAGAGACAUUUAAAAUGUUUCCGAGCAUUAAAGCUGUAAACAAAACAUGUAUUUUUUACAACGUUAGACUAUUUUAGUUGUUUCUUGGGCUUCUUAUGAAUUAAAAUUCAAUACUCUCUGCACUUUUUUUUUUUUGGUCUCAACCAACUUCUGAAGACAUUUUGUGUCCGUUAACUUUUUUUUUUUUUUUUACCAGCUACCUGAUUAAUUUGUUUUGUUGUUUUGUGAAUAACAGGUGGAGUUCAGUGGGUUUUAAAGUGUCAUGAGCUUCAAAUGCCAAUAACUCUCUAAAGUAUUUUAACUUGAUUCUUAUCUUUGAAGUGAAUUCUUUUAGGAAGGCGGGAGGAGUCGACUCUUUAUUUACUUCUAUAAUAAACUGCAGUUAUGUUUAUGUGUAAUGUGACAAAAAUCCAUUUUCCGUUUCUUUUCCUCCGAUGUCCAGUGUGUGUGUCAUAGAAAAACAGAGGGUCUGCGUCAUUUCAGCGGUGAAUUUAUUGAUAAGAAUGGUCCAAUAAAUAGUUUCACACAGCGUGACCAACCAAGAACUGUUCAACAUCUCAUCAGUGCUUUAUUUCCCGUGUUACACAUCAGUAAGAGAAGGAAGUUAACGAACGGCUCCUUGGAGUCACAGAGGGAUGAUGACAGGAGUGUGUCUUAACAAACUAAGAGGGGGACGCCGUCAUUCUGCUUCACUCAUCGCGACCACGGGUGUGAACGUACGUUGAAAUGUUUUAACAGAUGUUACCAAGUCUGUGACGAAGCUUGAAAAACAAAAAAAACACACACGAAAAAACGGCCCAAACAGUUUGUUUCACCACACCUGCCACCUGAAUGUGUCACCACCUCAUUUUAACGUAGAAUUCAAAUCCAAAUGCAGGUCAAACGUA